GCUACCUGACUGGCAGCGUAUACCGAGAUUAUUCAUUGAAAAGAAAUGGUUUCCCAGCCGAAAAUAUCGCUAACGGAUCUGUCUUACUCAUCAAGACCCACGAAUGGGGAGAGGCCACAAGGAUGAAAUAUCAGAAGGCUGUUCUGCUGAUUCGAGAUCCAUACGGAGCCCUAGUAGCAGAAUUCAAUAGACGUGCUGGAGGACACGUAGGGCAUGCUUCCCCAGAAAAAUUCCAUAAAGGAAACGCUUGGCCGAACUUUGUGGUGACUCAUUCCAAACUCUGGAUGGAAAGUAUUCUGGACUGGCUGCAGUUUGAAGGACCUUUACUCAUUAUACGUUACGAAGCUAUAACAGUUGAUCUUCCCGGAGAACUCGUUCGUCUCCUCAAGUUUCUGGAGGCGAAUGUAUCUUGGAAUGCAUUUCAAUGUGUUAUUCGCAAUCGCGACGGCAUCUUCAGACGCGCAAAGAAGCACCUAAAUAUCGAGCCCUUCGAUAAUUCCUUGAAACGAGUCGUCGAUGGCUAUAAAACUAUUGUACAAACAGCUCUGCGGUAUCAUGAACAAGGCAUAAAGUUUGACAUCACAAACACAACUGUAUUGCAUAACGUGGCUAUUAAUGGGACUAAUUUAAAUAUUUCUGUGUUACCAAUGACUUAUGUCGAGAAAGAUCAAAACGAGAAUAAUUCUUGAUAUGAUAUGUAACCUGAUGUUACCCUCAUCCUCAAAAAAAAAAAAAAAGAACAGCUGUUAAGAGGGUGGCGAAAUCUAAUUUCUGAAAAGAAUGGAAUGAAUUUUUAUUAUCUGACUUUGUAGGAAAACAAGCAUGAGAUUUUCGCACUGAAAUGUGCGAUACAAAACUAGUACAUGUUUCUAGUUAGAAUGGAAUAGAAUCAGGUAAAAUAUUGUUUAUAAUGUAA